UUUAAUGAGGACGGGGAGAGAGAGAGAGAGAGAGAGCUGCUGAAAGCAAUUCUAAAAGGAGCUAUGGGGUCCUUCAGCAUGAAAACUUGAUGAUUGGCAUCAAUGGCAAGACGGAGAGGUCGAAAGCAAAGCGGUGGGAGGCACAGCAUGCGUGGUGCGCUCCGACCCAGUUUUCAAUGGAGUGAUUUGAAAUGGUCUUCUUUCUUCAACCGAAUUGAAGACUGAAAAGAGCGGACCAAAGUGGAGACUUUCCUCUUCUACUCACAUGACCUUUCUCAGAACUGGAUUUUGAAGCCGAGGAAUGAUGAGAUCUUAGGAUUUAAGAUAUGGAUCACCAGAGUGGGAAUUGGAGGAGAAAGCCCUCGGAGAAGAACUUAGGUGAGUCAGACAGCUCGGGUUCAGUAUCGUCCUAUUCGGAGAGAUACUCCGACGAGCAGGAGGUAUUUGGCUCUUCUCCUACUGAAGGUUCCCUAAAUCAUGCUCACUCACAAGAAGUUUCAUCUAUUAAUAAGGGUAAUGAAGGACAUGUUACGGUCAAGAGUUUAACUGAGAAGCUUUCGGCUGCUCUUUUAGAUGUUGCUGCAAAAGAAGAUCUGAUAAAGCAGCAUGCAAAAGUUACAGAAGAAGCCAUUUCAGGCUGGGAAACAGCAGAAGCUGAACUCGCAGCUUUGAAGCAGCAGCUUGAAGCCUCUUCUUUGAAGAAUACUGUUCUCGAGGAUAGAAUCAGCCACCUUGAGGAAGCUCUAAAGGAAUGUGUGAGGAAGCUGAGGCAGUCAAGAGAGGAGCAAGAUCGGAAACUUCAGGAUGCCCUCCUCUUCAGCACUAAUGAAUGGGAAUCUAAGAAGUUCGAACUUGAAAAACAGCUCAAGGAGCUUCACGCACAACUUGAAACUGCAAAAACUGAGGCCUUUAUUAAUGCUGAUAAGUCUAUCAGCUUGAGGCUCGAAUCUCUAGAGAAAGAAAACAAAUCUCUUAAAACUGAGCUCCUUGUUCAAUCUGAACAACUACGUAUAUGCACAUUAGAGAGAGAACUGAGCACUCAAACGGCAGAAGCAGCCAGCAAGCAGCAUUUGGAAAGCAUAAAGAAGGUAGCAAAGCUUCAAUCUGAGUGUCGGAGGUUACAAGCUGUAGCAUGCAGAACAACAUCUACAAGAUACCAAAUUCCUGUAUGUCAUAGUGACCAAGAAAGCUUGGAUUCAUUGGCAUCGACGCUAAUCUCGCAACUUGAUCAGCUCAAGCAUGAAGACACGGUAGGUGCAACUGACAUCGCUGCAUCGACGGAGAUUGACUUAAUGGAUGAUUUCCUUGAAAUGGAGAAACUAGUUGCAACACCUGAAAUGGAUUAUGAGAUCUCUACCAACAACCUCAAAGGUGAAUCUAAUAGAGAUUUUGCGAGUGUGCAGUCACUAAGAAAUGAACUUGAAGCUCUACAGCUACAGGUUACUGAGUUGGGAAACAAGGUUGAGAUGAUGGAAAAUGAGAAAGCUCAACUUAAGAUGGAUUUAGCUGAGGUUCAAAAUCAACAUGAGGUUUCAUGCAAUCAGCUUGCUUUGGCAGGUGAUAAGUUAGUCGAUAUGCAAAGAAAGUUGGACUUUGCUAAUAAAGCAAAGGAUGCCGCAAUGGCUGAAGCAUUUGACCUGGAAGUGAGAAGGAAAGAAACGGAGUCUGGGCUAGAGAUGGCACAUUUGGAAGUUAUGAAACUUAGUGAAAAGUUGGAAUUAUUGCAAGGAAAACUUAAUGAGAAGGCAUUAUCAAUGGAACUUGAGGAGAAAUUAGAGACCUUGGAAGGAACAAAAAAUGAGUUGCAAUCUCAACUAAAUUCAGCAUACAUGCAAGCUGAAGAACUGCGUGAGCAUGUGGCCUUGUUAGAAGGAAAGGUAGAGGAAGAAAGAGCCCUAUCUGCAGUGUAUUCGACUAAGGCAGAAGCAAAUGAAGCGGAGUCAAAAAAACUGGAGAUUCAGCUCAUGUUAGCAAAUUCAGACCUUGAAAAUUUAAAUAAGACUAUCGCCGUAUUAGAACUUGAGCUCAAAGAAGAGAGAUUGACAACUUCCAAGUUAGCAGAUUCAGUAGAAACAGCAGAAUCUGCAAGAAGAUCCUUGGAAUCCCAGCUUGAGUUUACCCAUUCAGAAGUUGGAAAUCUACUUAAUGAAGUGCGACAUUUACAAGAGAAGCUUGAUGAGGAGAAGGCAUUAUCUGUUGAGUAUUCUAUGAAAUGCCAGGUCCUGGAAGAAGAGCUCUCGAGGAGGAAAAAAGAAGCUGAGCUCUGGCGUAUUACAAGCUCAAAUGGUGUUGUUAAGUUGAAUAAGGAGAAAGAGCUUGCUGAGGCUGCUGGCAAACUUGCAGAGUGUCAGAAGACCAUUGCUUCCCUUGGUCAGCAACUGAAAUCUCUAACAAACAUUGAUGAGUUCAUAUUUGAGUCAAAGAAGGCAGAGAAGGAUGGAUCCUUACCAUAUAUUAGCUUUCCAGAGAUCAAAGCAGAUUCUCAUUGUUCUUCAGAAGAUACUGCUUUCCCUGCUCUUUCUAAUGGCAAGGAGAAGGUACUCCUGCCUCAACCUCCUCAUCCUCAGAUCAUUUAGAGAAGCCCUAGGUUAUAGAAAAUAGAUGGCCAUUCUUUUUAAUUGGUUCUUACCAACCAGUGGGUGCUCUUCUUUGAUGUUUUCUUGUUCUUGAGUGAUAAUUUUCUUUCAGUAGUUGCAGGGUUGAUUGUGGAGAACUAAAAAAGAGAGUUGUACAUUCCUAGUGCAAUUUGGACUGUAUGGUAAUGAGAUGGUUGUAUAUUAAUUGAGCUCCAUUGAAACUGAUAAAUCACCUCCAUUAGCAUGAGGGUCACUGUGCA